ACAGUUCUUAUAAGACAUCACAAAUCCAAUAGUGUUGUUUAGUCUUGUAUAUAUCAAUGAGGCUUCACUUAUCUGCCAAGUUUAGGCAAGUUCUUGGCCACGCCAAGGAUCAAGCCUCUAUUGGCAGAGCUAUUGUACAAAACUACAAUGAGAAAUCUUUUUUUGACAUUGAAGUUGCUGUGGUUCGAGCUACAAGCCAUGAUGAUUGCCCUGUUGGUGACAAAACCAUGCACGAGAUUCUCUUCCAUGUCUCUAACACUCCAGGAGCAGUUCCUUUUCUUGCUGAACAGAUCUCACGCCGUCUAGCCAAGACAAGAGAUUACUUAGUCGCUGGUAAAACUCUGUUACUCAUCCACCGUCUCUUGCGUAGUAGCAGUCGCUGCAUCGAGCAGCAGUUGCAUAUCGCACACACCUCUGGCCAUCUCCAAAUAGGUUGCUGCUGGUUCAUGAUGAGCCAGGAUCAUCCAUCUUUUGCUUUUCUCCAGAACUAUGUAGCUUAUCUCGAAGAAAGAGUUGGAUGGAUCAUCAACCAAGCUGGUAAGCUUGAACCUGUAAUGUCUGGCGGUACAAAGUGUAGUCGUUACAAAGAGAAAUCAAUGGAUCUUGUGUUCCAUAUCUUACCAAAGUGCCAGGAAUUCAUUGCAAAGGUGUUGAAGUGUUCACCGGUUGAUGUAUGGCGUAUGGAUAACCUCGUCCAAGCAGCUACAGGCAGCAUCUUGAAAGAGAGUUUCCAAGUCUACAUGACGUAUUCUGAUGGCAUAGCUGCACUGAGUGACAUGCUAUUUGAUCUUUCAAGACCCGCAAGAGAUUUAGCUUGCGGGAUGCUGAGAAAAGGUUCUCAACAGAUUGAAGAUCUUCGUGUCAUGUAUGAAAAGUGUAGAGGGUUCACCGGCAUGAAGAGCUUGGAUUACCCAUCUGUGCAAGCUAUUACUAUGGAUCAUACAGUAGCACUGGAGCAAUGCUCAAGCUAUAAUACUCGUGCAGGUUCUGUGUUGAAGCGCACUGGCGGUGAAAGAGGUUUCUCUGUCUCCACCAACUUAAGAGAUUCAGUCACUUGCAAUGAAAAAUUUGCAUCUACCAGUCUUUUCUUGUUACCAGUGGAGACCAAAAUCAGCAUGGUAUGGGUUGUUUUUGACAAUGAAGAAUCAGAUAAGCCAACAUAGAGCAUAUGAGUGUUAAUCAUUCAUCUCAAAGGAAAUAUAAGAAAAUUGUGGAAUACAAAGGUAGAGGUCAUCUCGCUUAUCCCAUAGAUGGUUAGGAAAAUUGUGUCCCUGAUUCAUGUUACAAAAUCCAAUUGUUAUCAAUUUAUAUAAUACCAAUCAAUACACGGUUUUAUCGGAGUU